AGAGAUGUCAUUCACCACAUCUUCGCUCCCGUCACUAACACGGUUGCUGGUCACGACAUAGGGACACAAACACUAACACGCAAAAACACCGCCACGCCGUCGUCAAACACCAAGAAGGGAACACAAUGCCGACCUCCAUCAAACGCGAAGGUCUCACCAUCGACGACGUAGGCCGACUAGUCCGCCGCACCGUCCUCAACCCCUACCUCACCCUGCCCAUCGCCGCCGCCAUCGCCUGGUUCGAGAAGCACCCGGAGCACUACCGGGACCUGCACCUCCACAAGCUGAUCGACCCGUCCAAGCUCGCUGACAUCGGCCGCUACCUGACGGGCAUCGGUGUCGCCGGCGCCACCCUCGCCGCCAACGACCAGCUCACCCAUCUGUUCGCCAACAACUUCACCUCCCCCGGCCACGGCGAGUGGGACUGGGACAAGGAGAUCGUCCUGGUUACCGGAGGCAGCAGUGGCAUCGGGCAGAAUGUCGUUCAGGGAUUGUUGGAGCGGAAUCCGCGGACGACGGUGGUUAUUGUCGACUACGCUCCGCUGAGCUGGACGCCGCCAACGGGGGCCAAGAUCCAUUACUACCAGGCUGACCUUACCAAGUCGGACCUUAUCCGGUCUAUCGCCGCCCGGGUCCGGGAGGAGGUCGGACAUCCAACGGUGUUAAUCAACAGCGCCGGAACCGCCCGUGGCUCCACCAUCAUGGAGGGCUCCUACGGCGAUGUCGAGUCGACGCUCCGCACGAACCUGACGGCGCCGUUCCUGCUCACCAAGGAGUUCCUCCCGGAGAUGGUGAGGAAUAAUCACGGACACAUUGUCAACAUGUGUUCUAUAAGCGCCUACAUCCCGCCGCCGUACAUUGGCGAUUAUGCGGCUUCCAAGGCUGGUCUUCAGAUGUUGCAUGAGUCUCUCCAGCUGGAGCUCAAGCAUGUUCACAAGGCCAAGCGAGUCAGACUCACUUUGGCUAUUCCUAGCUUCAUCCAGACGCCGUUGCUGGGAGGCUCGCAUCCAGGACAGAAUAACUUUAUCUUUCCGUUGUUGCAUGUCAGGACGGUGAGCGAAGAGAUUGUUGAUAGCUUGUAUAGCGGUUAUGGCCGCACUAUCUAUCUUCCGGGGAUUAUGCGAUAUCUCGCUUCAUUGAGAGGAGGUCCCGAGUGGGUGCUGCGGAUGGUUAAGGAACCGACUUACAAGAUUGCGCUUAACUUCGCAGGGCGUCAGGUUGUUGAUGUCGACGAGAGUGGAGGUAUAAAGCUCGAGGAUCGUGAGGCUUAGUUAGAGCCAUUCGUCGAGGUUCGAUGAUUCCAGGCGAAGUGGAAUCUUUUCACUGGAGAAAACUAUCGUUGUGCUUGACGCCCACAGGCAAACAUUCUGCAAGACGGCGGCGGUGUUGGACCAUUUGGCAGUCCUACAGUGGGUAACACAAAUAAACGCACAACUUGGGAAUUUCCCCGCAAACAACACCAAAAAGUCACCUUCGUCACUCCUCGAU